UAUGACAUUGAAGAAGCAACGACGAAUAAUAUUGGAAUGUGUCAAAAUUUUGGAAAACAAUGAAAUAUACAUUUUCCCAAUAUAUAUAAUACGUUACAUACAUGAUUAAACUACCAUUGCAACAUAAUGGACCCAUUAGCAAACUCUAAGACUGUUGACAAUACACAUGAAGAACAAUUUGAAUCAUCUGUUACAGUCAUUGAAAAACAAGCACAAAAGAGAAUUUUCAAAAUUAUUGUUAUAGGAGACUCUAAUGUUGGCAAAACAUGUUUGACGUACAGAUUUUGUUGUGGAAAAUUUCCAGAUAAAACAGAAGCAACUAUUGGUGUUGACUUCAGAGAGCGAAUGGUAGAGGUUGACAAGGAACAAAUUAAACUGCAACUAUGGGAUACAGCUGGUCAAGAAAGAUUUCGUAAAUCUAUGGUACAACACUAUUACAGAAAUGUCCAUGCUGUUGUCUUUGUUUAUGAUGUCACAAAAAUGAGUUCAUUUGAGAGUAUGCCAGCUUGGAUAGAAGAAUGUGAUCGUCAUAACCUGAAUCAGGAAAUACCCAGAAUUCUAGUGGGUAACAAGUGUGAUAUGAAGGCGAAGGUUGCUGUAAAUACAAAUUUAGCUCAGAAAUUUGCUGACUCGCAUAGUAUGCCGUUAUUUGAAACCUCUGCAAAGGACGAUGAAAAGGCCAAUCAUGUUGAAGCCAUCUUUAUGACAUUGGCUCAUAAGCUGAAAAACUCCAAACCUAUGAUGACGCCUUUCAUCGCUCCAACAAAUUUACCAAAUAAUGUUCAAGUUAUCUCACUGCAGGAUAAGAAGUCUAAUGAUAAAGAUCAAUGUUUUUGUUAAAGUUUGUUGUUUUUAGUGACCAUUUAAUUAUUUAUUAUAUUGUUAACAACAGAAACUGAUGGGAUUGCUUAUUUAUAGACUGUUUAUUCUUUAUUGUCAAAUAUUUUUGGACUUGGACAAUAUCAAUAGAAAUCUUUGUAGAAAAAAGGCAUUUGAAGCUUGACAGUUAAGGACAUUUCUUUUUCAACUCUCAACUUCUUUACUCACUUUUAGACUGAAAGAUGUGAAAACUUCAUUAUUUUUCUACCUUCAGCCUUCAUAAGAAAGGCAGAUUAUUACAGUUGUCUCCCCUUGGAAACGUAUGAAGGAAAGUUGAUCUCUGAUAAGUAAAGGUAUUUUAAAUGAAAUGUUGGUUUUUGGAGGGAUAUUUUUAACAAUGAAUAUGGUUUUUUUUUCAUCUUCAUAACAUAAAUUGUUUCACUGUUUCACUGAAGUUUGAAAACCCUUGUCUUCUUGUCAUUAAAUUGGUGUUUAGAAACCUGUUCACUUUACAAAAUGUUGUUGGUUCUACAAAGCAUCACUCUAGUCGUCAAAGAAGAUAUAUUUUUCACAUUUUGGUGUUUCUUUUUGUGUUAUAUAGAUGUUAACAAACUGAAUUUAUUUGUAAGAAAACUGAUUUGUGGUGCAAAAAGGAUUAAGGUUUAAGAAUAAUGUUUGAAUUUUAUUGAAAAAAACAAAUGUUGAAAAAUUCUCAUGUUUCUUAUUACCUGUUCUUAUAUCUUUAUAAUGUCAUGUACAUUAUGUCAUAUUCGAAGUUUUCAUCACAUUUUUCUCAUCAACUGCAAGUCAUAGCUUUUUAGUAUAUUGUACCAAGCUUCAUCUGGUUAUGUAAUACCAUGUGACACUUUUCUGUUCCAAAGACUUGUGUCUUGGGUAUAAUUAGUGAGCAAUAGCUCACAGUACAUUUUGUUUUCCUUCUUUUUUUAAACUUUCUAAAAGUUCAAUUGUCUUAAAUUUUGCAUAUAUCUUAUGUAAAUUGUUAAAAUAUUGAUUCAUGAUAAUGUACCAAAAACUGUCCAAAGCAAAUUUAUAGAAAGGAAUGAUUAUUCAAUAAUUGCAUGGUUUUGAUUAUGAUUAAAUGCUUUUUAUGUCCAUAGAAAUGUUUGGAGUACAGUUUUGAAAGAAAAAGAAAAGGUCACAUUAACACAUACAUAUAUUGACAUAUAGAUGUGUUUUAUUUUUAUACGCCCGUUUACGGGACGUAUUAUGGUAUACCAUUGUCCGUCUGUCCGUCCGUCGUCAACAUGUCGGACAUUAACUCAAAAACGCUUUAACCAAUUUGCAUAAAACUUUGGUGAAUUGUUUAUAUCUAUUGACGUGGGCUCCCUUUCGUUUUUUAUAAAUUUUAGAUUUUACGUUUCCGAGUUAUGGGGUUUUAUUAAUUUGAAAAAGGGGGAUUUUCCAGUU